AUGUUUUUCACAAGGAAAUUCGCUAGACUUCUGAAGAUAACAACGAUAUUAUGUUUACUAUGUUUCUUCUGUAUUUGGAUACCUAGUGAAUAUUCAACUAAUAGCUCAAUCUCUGUGCAAGAAUAUAAAGAAUAUCUGCAAGGUUACAUCAAUAAACUUCCAAUUCAAUCAAAUUCCAAUGUAAAUGAUGACACUCAAAAGGAAUUCCAACAUCUCGUAUCCGGAGAGAAUAAGGAAGACAUCCCUUCCAUUAAAAAGAAUACGGUGGAAGACUUCUAUAACGUGGUAUUCCAAAAUAUUAUUGAUUACUCUCCAUCAGGUAAAACGGCAAGAAAUUAUUCAUCUAAAUGUAAACUUGAUCAGGGCAUCGCAUCACGUCCUGACUCAUAUAAAGAUUGGGAAAAAUUAUCGAUGCAAAACCUAUUGAAUUGUCUAGAGGUGUCACCCGAGGAAUUCACCAACUUAUCCACAUCACAUCAUAACUUUGUCGAACAUGUAAAUAAAUUAGUCCUGCCAAAGGGUACAUAUAAUAAUGAUGGGAUUGUCAUGGUCGGUGGUGGUAAAUUCACAUUCAUGGCAUAUUUAGUCUUGAAAACUUUGAGGAAUCAAGGCACUACAUUACCUGUGGAAAUUUUCAUACCGCCAAUUGAUACCGUAAAAGAAGAAACAUUCUGUAAAUCAGAAAUGUUAUCUGAAUUGUCCGCGAAAUGUAUUUAUAUGUCAAACAUUUUACCUCAAGAAAUGAUUGAGAAGUUCGAUUUUAAAGGGUACCAAUUCAAAUCCUUAGCUAUCAUUGCAUCCAGUUUUGAAAAUUUGUUAUUGCUAGAUGCUGAUAAUUUCCCUAUUAAAAGUUUGGAUAAAAUCUUUAAGCAUGAACCUUAUAAUUCCACUGGGUUAGUUAUGUGGCCUGAUUUCUGGAGAAGAACCACACAACCAAUAUAUUAUAAAUUGGCAGAUAUCUACGUCAAUGUUUUGAAAAGAGUUCGUAAUGAUAUUGAUGAUAUUACUCCCACGAAAGUUUACUCUGAUGACAAUUUUGAUUUUACAAAGAUCCCAUUCCAUGAUUUUGAAGGUACUAUGCCUGAUGAUUCCACGGAAUCCGGUCAAUUGAUGAUUAAUAAAUCUAAACAUUUACCAACUGUAUUAUUGGCUUUGUAUUAUAAUGUUAAUGGACCAAAUUGGUAUUAUCCAAUUUUUUCUCAAAAUGCUCAUGGUGAAGGUGAUAAGGAAACAUUUAUUGCUGCAGCGACGUUUUAUCGAUUACCAUUUUAUCAAGUGAGAACGAAAGUCGGUGCAGAUGGUUAUCAUACCAAGGAUAGAUUCCAAGGGGUUGCUAUGGCACAACAUGAUUUCAUUCAAGAUUAUGAACAUUAUCAAAUUGCUCAAAGGGAAAUCAAGAAGAGAUAUUCGAAUGUGAAGGAUAUUAAAUAUGAUGCUGAAUAUGCUGUACAAAAAUUUUAUGAUGAGUUUUUCAAUAAGGAUACAACCAAAUAUGGAGAAAUUGAUAUCAUGUUCCUACAUUCUAAUCUACCUAAAUUUGAUCCAUUAAAAUUAUGGGAAGAUUCAGCUCUGAUAGAUGAAACAGGUAAGCAUUUUAGGUCAUUUUCUGAUCCUAAGAUUGUCAAGAAAUAUGAUAUUGAAUAUGAAAAUUUCAAAAUUAUUAAAGAUGUUAUUUGUGAUAAAGGUAUUCAUUUUAGCUAUUUAGAUGAGGAAUUACAGGAGAAACCACAAGAUUGGGUUUCAAUGUGUCAAUAUAUUAAAGAUAGAUAUAUAUUCUUGAAAGACACCCAUCAAGAUGCUACUUCACCCGUGGUUAAUACAUAA